AUGCGUGUAUUUAUAUGCGUUCGCAGACGGCCGCAUUUGCUUGGACGCAUGAAUAGAGGCUUGUGCGCAUGCGCACGUGUUCACACGUCCAAGAUCUAUCUGCACCUUGACGCGUGUCCCGCUGUCAUCAAUAGUCUCUCAUUUAUUCUACCAUUCCCUUUCGUUCCGUUUUUUCAUUCAUGUAUUCUAUCAUUUCCUUUCGUUCCUAUUUUUCAUUCAUUCAUUUUUCAUUCAUUUGUUUUACCAUUCCAUUUUGUUCCCUUUUUUUCCAUUCACUUAUUCUACCAUUCCAUUUUUUUCUUAUUCACUUAUUCUACAAUCUCCUUUCUUUCCCUUUCCCUAUUCAUUCAUUUAUUCUACUAUUCACUUUCGUUCCUCUUUUCUCGUUCACUUUUAUACCAUUCGUUUAUACGAUUCCUUUUUUUAAUUUUCUUCUUCAACACUCUUCUUUAUUUUUAUCUUAAUUUGAUGUUAUUUUCCUCUCUUACUUUCAUUUCACACUUCUCUCCCACUCUCUUAAUAAAAGAUUUUUUUUCCUUUUCUUUUCUUCUCCUUGAUACUUUCCCUACCUUAAUAUUAUUAUUUCUCCUCUGCUCUGUCUGCCCAACCCCUCUCUCUGUCUCCCUCUCUCUCUUUCUCCCUCUCAUUCCUUCUCUCCCUUUCUUUCUCCCUCCCUCUUGUCCUCUCUCUCUCUUGAUCCCUCUCUCCCUCUUCCUCCCCUCUCUUUCUCUCUUGUUCUCUCUUUCUCUCUGUUUAUAA